CGCCUACGUGAAGCGCACGUCUCGCGGGCUCGCUACGCUAAUGGCAGCGCGCGGCCGCUUCUGCGCCGUUUUCCUGCGUACGACGGACGGGUGAAGGGCAGCAAGGAAGGAAUUCCUCCCUGUUGCCCGCGCCGAAGGUGGCGUCGGUCGCUCGGUCAGCGCUCCGCGCUCCGCCACGAGCUGCCCAGCAGCAGCAGCAGGUGCAGGACGGCGUUUCACACCUGAGCGCUAGUUUCUAUAUAAGAGAGGCGAUUUCAUUGACAGCGCAGGAGGAGGAGCGCCGUCCGUCCGUUCGUCCGCCGCGGGGGGUGGGAAAGACAAUGGCAGGAGCCCAGGCGAGGCUGCGAUCUGAACUCAUGUCUGACAUGGAAUUAGUGUUGAAGGUUCGAGAGGACCGCUGAACAACAUCCCCGGCCGGCAGCGCGGCUCCGAGCCGCUCCGAGCCUCUCCUCGGUGCCCUUCCUUCCUCCUUCGUGCGCCGCCAGCACCAGCAGCGCGGCUGAUCCAAGCUGUUCCCGCGCGUCCGUCGCCGCCGCUUCUUCUUCUUCUCCUCGCUUUUCUCGGGGAAAUCGAUCGGAUCAGUGCGGACGACGGAAUCAUCCGAGGGAAAAGAGGAUAUCCGAGGCAAUAUGGCCGAUACGUGGGGCUGGGGAGGGCGGCAGGAGCGCUCCGCAUCCUCUGGAUGCUGCUACUACUAGCCGCGGAAGAUGGCUCUGAGUCUGUUCCGCGAAGCGUCCGCCGCACUAUAAUGAGUAAGAGCAUCAAUAGCAUGAACCCGGACUCAUCGGCCCUAUACGUGUCGAAGAUGGACGUGAUCAUCCCGUUUUCACCCGACGUGCCCUGUGACAGCAAUGGCCAGCGCAUGUGGUGGGCAUUUCUUGCUUCGUCCAUGGUCACUUUCUUUGGGGGUCUCUUCAUCAUCCUCCUGUGGAGGACCCUCAAAUAUCUGUGGACUGUGUGCUGCCACUGCAACGUCAAAAACAAGGAAGCGCAGAAGGUCAGCAAUCCUUCCAGUAACCCAGCCGACGGGGGAACCAAGAUCCCCGACGAGAAGGAAGAGUCGUCCACCAGCGAAGUGGGGUGGAUGACCUCUGUGAAGGACUGGGCUGGGGUCAUGAUAUCUGCGCAGACGCUGACCGGCAGAGUACUGGUGGUCCUAGUUUUUGCACUCAGCAUCGGAGCACUUGGAAUAUACUUCAUAGACUCCUCGGACCCUAUAGAAUCAUGUCAGAAUUUCUACAAGGACUUCACUCUACAGAUUGACAUGGCCUUCAACGUUUUCUUCUUACUCUACUUCGGUCUGCGUUUCAUUGCAGCCAAUGACAAAUUGUGGUUUUGGCUUGAGGUGAACUCUGUUGUGGAUUUCUUCACGGUCCCACCAGUGUUUGUGUCUGUGUAUCUUAACAGAAGCUGGCUUGGUUUAAGGUUCCUGAGAGCCUUAAGAUUGAUCCAGUUUUCAGAAAUUUUACAGUUUCUGAAUAUCUUAAAAACAAGCAAUUCCAUCAAGCUUGUGAACCUGUGCUCCAUCUUCAUAAGCACAUGGCUGACAGCUGCUGGAUUCAUACAUUUGGUUGAAAACUCAGGAGAUCCAUGGGAGAAUUUCCAAAAUUCCCAGUCUCUUUCUUACUGGGAAUGCGUGUACUUACUCAUGGUUACUAUGUCCACCGUGGGAUAUGGAGACGUCUAUGCAAAAACCACCCUUGGGCGCCUUUUCAUGGUCUUCUUCAUUCUUGGUGGUUUGGCCAUGUUUGCCAGCUAUGUCCCCGAAAUCAUCGAGUUAAUUGGAAACCGCAAGAAAUACGGUGGCACCUAUAGUGCGGUUAAUGGAAGAAAGCACAUUGUCGUCUGUGGUCAUAUAACACUAGAAAGUGUCUCCAACUUCCUAAAAGACUUCCUACACAAGGACAGGGAUGAUGUCAAUGUAGAAAUUGUUUUUCUUCAUAAUAUUUCCCCUAAUCUUGAGCUGGAAGCCUUAUUUAAGCGCCACUUUACUCAGGUGGAAUUCUAUCAAGGAUCUGUUCUGAAUCCACAUGAUCUUGCCAGAGUCAAGAUAGAGUCAGCAGAUGCCUGUCUGAUUCUAGCAAAUAAAUACUGUGCUGAUCCUGAUGCUGAGGAUGCCUCAAAUAUCAUGAGAGUAAUAUCCAUCAAGAACUAUCAUCCAAAGAUACGAAUUAUCACUCAGAUGUUGCAGUACCACAACAAGGCCCAUCUGCUCAAUAUCCCCAGCUGGAACUGGAAGGAAGGGGAUGAUGCGAUCUGCUUGGCCGAGCUGAAGGCAGGCUUCAUUGCCCAGAGCUGCCUUGCUCAGGGAAUCUCUACCAUGCUUGCAAACCUGUUUUCCAUGAGAUCCUUCAUCAAGAUUGAAGAAGACACAUGGCAGAAGUACUACCUGGAGGGUGUAGCGAAUGAAAUGUACACCGAAUACUUAUCUAGUGCUUUCGUGGGCCUUUCGUUUCCCGCAGUUUGUGAGUUGUGUUAUGUCAAACUGAAGUUGUUACUGAUAGCCAUUGAAUAUAAGUCUGAGCAGAGGGAAAGCAGUAUUCUUAUAAAUCCUGGGAACCAUGUUAAGAUCCAAGAAGGUACCUUAGGAUUUUUUAUUGCCAGCGAUGCCAAAGAAGUAAAAAGGGCAUAUUUCUACUGCAAAGCAUGUCAUGAUGACAUCACAGACCCGAAAAGAAUAAAGAAGUGUGGUUGUAAGCGAUCCAAGAUGUCCAUCUGCAAAAGAAUAAGACUGGCAUGUUGUUAUGGUUGCGGACGCUCUUUGCAUCACUGCUCAUGCAUGUCAGGCAGUGUUCAUAGUAACAUGGACACCCUUCAGAGAGCCUUCCCACUUUCUCCUGUCUCUGUCAAUGAUUGCUCCACCACUUUCCGUGCCUUUGAAGAUGAGCACCCGUCAACUUUGUCUCCUAAAAAAAAGCAGCGAAAUGGAGGCAUGCAAAAUUCACCCAACUAUUCACCCAAAAUAAUGCGACACGACCCACUACUUAUUCCGGGGAAUGAACAGAUUGAGAAUAUGGAUAUGAAUGUGAAGAAGUACGAUUCUACAGGGAUGUUUCACUGGUGCCCACCCAAAGACAUCGAGAAGGUUAUCUUGACCCGUAGUGAAGCCUCCAUGACUGUCCUAAGUGGACAUGUAGUGGUCUGUAUAUUUGGAGAUGUCACGUCUGCUUUGGUGGGGCUGCGGAACUUGGUCAUGCCUUUAAGAGCAAGCAACUUCCAUUACCAUGAGCUGAAGCCAAUUGUGUUUGUGGGAUCUUUGGAGUACCUGAGGAGAGAGUGGGAAACACUUCACAACUUCCCCAAGGUGUCCAUCCUGCCUGGCACGCCACUGAGUCGAGCUGAUUUGAGGGCUGUCAACAUCAACCUCUGUGACAUGUGUGUCAUCCUGUCGGCAAAUCAGAACAAUAUUGACGACGCUUCGCUGCAAGACAAAGAGUGCAUCUUGGCGUCACUCAAUAUCAAAUCUAUGCAAUUUGACGACAGCAUUGGGGUCUUGCAGGCGAAUUCUCAAGGUUUCACACCUCCUGGAAUGGACAGGACAUCUCCAGACAACAGUCCAGUGCAUGGCUUAGUGCGACAGACUUCUGUCACAACUGGAUCAAAUAUCCCAAUAAUAACUGAACUGGUGAACGACUCCAAUGUGCAAUUCCUGGAUCAGGACGAUGACGACGACCCAGACACCGAGUUGUAUCUCACACAGCCCUUCGCUUGUGGGACUGCGUUUGCUGUCAGUGUGCUGGAUUCCUUAAUGAGUGCGACGUACUUCAACGAUAACAUCCUCACGCUGAUCCGGACGCUGGUAACAGGUGGGGCGACUCCGGAGCUGGAGGCAAUGCUGGCGGAGGAGAACGCCUUGCGGGGAGGAUACAGCACCCCACAGACGUUGGCCAACAGGGACCGCUGUCGAGUGGCACAGCUGGCCUUGUACAACGGACCCUUCGCAGACCUGGGGGACGGUGGCUGUUAUGGAGACCUGUUUUGUAAAGCUUUGAAAACGUAUAACAUGCUUUGCUUCGGCAUAUACCGAUUAAGAGAUGCCCACCUCAGUGCUCCAAGUCAGUGUACCAAGCGGUAUGUUAUUACCAAUCCACCAUAUGAGUUUGAGUUGGUCCCUUCGGAUCUGAUCUUCUGCUUGAUGCAAUUUGACCACAACGCUGGCCAGUCACGCACCGUCCUCUCCCAUUCCUCCCACUCGUCCCACUCGUCCAGCAAGAAGAGUUCCUCUGUUCAUUCGAUCCCCACCGCUAACCGGCCUUGCCGCAAGUCACGGGACUCCCGGGAAAAGCAGAAUGCAACAAGGACGAAUAGAAUGGGCCAAGAAAAGAAAUGGUUUACAGAUGAAGAAGAAAACGCCUAUCCAAGGAACAUUCAAAUCAAGCCCAUGAACACCAUGAACACCAUGGCCAAUCAAGUCAAUCAGUAUAAAUCCACAAGCAGCCUGAUUCCACCAAUCAGAGAAGCUGAAGACGAAUGCUAAAUUCUGGGGUGGACAGCAGUAUCGAGGUGAUGACUAAUCACGCGUCAUUCAUUCUGUAUCCCAGGAUUACCAGAAAGACUCUCCAACGUGUACUUUGGUACCACUUCUGUGUUAUCAGACAGUGUUUUUUUUCUAAAUGUAUAUAAAGACAAUCGUAUGAUUGUACAGUCCCUUGCACUUUUUAAAGUAGUUUAAGGGAUUUGAGUACUUCCUUGAACCCUUUGCAAUAUAGUCUGGAUGCAGCUAGACUCCAUGACCUACUUCCUUACUGUGGACCGAUGACCGUCACUUUAGAAAGAGGGAAUCGGAAUGGCGAGACCAUGACCAUGCUAAUUUCACCUCCUUCGUAUCUGCUUCUUUAAGCUAUUUAAAACAUUUCUAGACACCAAAGUUAUCGACUUUAUAGGUUAAUGUAUUACUUUCGCUAAAUUCAAACUGUGGUUUUUGUUUAUCGCGGUUUAUUUCGACGUACGGCCGAGAUUCCCAGCGCUCCACGGACAGCUUCCGCCGAACAAUUCAAGUAAAUACAUUCCAUUUUUAAAAUAUUCAAGUAAUGAUUUUUUUUUUUGAUAUAGAAUUCUAUGAUGAAAUGUUUGCAAUGAGAAGAAAGACAGUCUGGAUUACUGGUGGUGAAGUUUUGUCAUUGACUCGCCAUGGAUGAUGACCUGUAAGAAUUUGUGACUUGUCAUGUGACAAGCGGUGCAGUCAGUUCCCCAAGCAUGAUUGAGCAGCCUAAAUUAAGACAUUUUAGUCAUUUAGUGUAAGGCAUUGAGUUCAUAACUGAAGCAUGCCACGAUGAAUGGAAAUUAGUGUAGGUUGUCAAAUGUUUGCCGAGCAUGUGCAGGCAGUACAGAAAUGCCACAUAUUGCGUAAAGUGGGCAAGCAGGAAUCCUCCUUUGAGCAAAGUCACUGCAUGGCACAGGAUUGCGGUGGAGGCAGUAAGAGCUUGGAUGUUCUCCACAGCAAAUCCUGGGUCACAAUCCUCGCAGGCUUCACUUCCUGUAGAGGAUGUUAAGAGCUCUAUCAUAAUUGGGGAACUACUGCUGAAAGAAAUCGUGAACAUUGGCGAUCAUGUGCUUCUUUCUUAUACCACUGUAAUGUACCCCUCAAGCUGUUUCAUGAGUGCAUUGGCCUGUCCAAUUGUCCUUUUAAACAAAGAGAUAAUGCAUCGGGGAAGUGUCAUCGAGGAGCAGGGCUGCUCGGUCCCGCCUCGGCAUCAGUUUGGGUGAUUCUCCGGUAGGUGCAAGUGAUGAACAAAUAAUACUAAGAGCUUUAUGUGUUCAAUGAUGUAGUUCAUGGUGGAUGGGUACAACCCAAGCUAUACAUGCUGGGAAUCAUAAGUAUGCACAAGAUGUACUGUCGUCAUUGUCAUUUUGCUCGGAGAAGGUCUCUACAAAAGUAGAAAAGGCCUCUAGAUACAUUAGCACAUAUGGUUCUCUCCAAACCUGCAAUAAAAAACAUCAGAACAUCAUGAAGAAUUAGAAAACGGUGAAAAAACCAUUUUCGUUUAUAGUAAGUACAUAACACUUGUGUUGUCGUCAUUAUUACCAAGAUUUCUUCAACAAUUCUCAGCAUUUUCAUCAGUAUUUGCCAUAUUACAGCAACAAUACAUAUAUGCAUUAUUGUGAAGUGUAUAAUGAAAUAUGAUGAUUACAUUUCAUAGCUAGUAGAUUUUUGAUAUAUGUGAACAUAAUGUAUAUACUAUCAGCAUAUUAAUGUUGAUAAAAUAUCCCUAGCCUCAACAGAAGACCAGAAAUUAUAUAUAUAUAUAUAAUAAAAAUAGAUAUUAAAUAAAAUAUAUAAUUUGCCUUAAUGUUAGUCUUUAAAAACUUUAUUUUAACCUCAGAUGAUUUUUCUGCAAAUCAGAUCAGGGACAACAUUGCAUCCAUUCGCAUUCAGGAGCGUUCCGAUGAGAGGCGUUCAAAGUGGGUCAAGUAGGGUUGUUUCAAGAACACCUUCCUUGCCAAUGAACACGCCGUUCUGGAGAAAGAUGACCUGCUGCUCGUAAUAAACAAAUUCAGGGUUAAUGCUACGUUCACCAUGAGCACAGUGAUAUUCAUGCAUUGUUUGGUUAUUGUGUUUUAGUGGACUGUGGUAUGUAGUGUGCUUGAAAAGUAGAAUUUUACUUGUGAAGGGCGAUGCAAUGGUACAGAUAAAUUAUAUUUCAGCUGCAUAAGACUGAGGUAUUGGAGUGUGUGAUGUGUGCUGAGAGAUAACGACGAUCUCGGGCGGGAGCUCGGUACGUAACGUAAUUUAACGCAAUCGUGUUCUAGCAUAGAGAACAUCCAAGCCCACAUUGCCUCUAUGGUAGAGCAACACUUGGCAGUGCAUGGCACAAAGGAGGAUUCCUAAGACCCACUAAUGCGAAAAGUGGCAUAGAGAGGUCUUCACGUACACUCGAAGGCGUUCUCAAAAAUCGUAAAUGAACUAAUGUGUGAAGUCGUUCAUAAAUCCAUCGAGAUUAAACUCUAGGAACAAUGUAUGCUGUCAGGCCUCUCUCUGGAGCUCUUUCAGUGUAUAUACGUUUUGUUUUUCAUAUUCAACCAACGGGAAUAAUUCCAUGCAAACGUAGACAUCCUGAACGUCAUGUAUUACUGUUGUAUGCUGCAUACUUAAUGUACAUUUGCUAUAAAGGUUAUACCAAGUAUAAUAAUAAUUACUGGGUUCUUAAUGACUUGAAAUAUCACAGAUAAAAGUUGGCAGACAUCUAUGUCUUAAGUGUUAAAAAAUACAUUUAAGUAUUUAUUUUGUUACAGUUAUGUCAGUUCAGGAUAAAUUUAGGUCAUAAUUUACAAACAUGCUGAUGACUGGAAUACUCAUUACAGGAAAAGUAGUUUGAAAGAACAGUGGGAUAUAUUUUGGUAAGGUAUUAGUAAAGGGUUAGUGGCGCUGAUCCACUUAACUCCUCUAGAACACAUGCAAAUAAACGGCCUUGUACACAUUGUUUGUACAUAAAUUGUACAUGGUUUCAUUUUGUAUUUUCUGAAAUUAAAAUUGAUGUAU